AUGGGUUGUGUUCAAACAAAAUCAACGACGACAACGACCACACCAUCAUCCUUCUCAACUCCGACGACAAUCCGAGGCGUCAUCUUCGAUUACAGUGAAGUUCUAUGGCUUCAUUCCCGCAAUACUCAUCUCUAUCGAUUAAUCGAGAAAGAUAUGGGGUUGGAUGAGGGAAGCAUCAUGGAGACGUUAAGUAGUGACAUAUUUUAUAAUGUUAUCCCACCUGAUUGUACGGAUAACUUCCUGACUGGUAGUUUCACAGCUGUAGAACUGGACCAACUCUUCACAAAUGCUUAUAAUAAGAAAAACAACACUGACCUGAGCUUCUUCCCCCUCUAUUCUCAUCAAAAAUAUGAUAAUGAAGUUGUAUACGAAGAGAUAGCUCUAAACGCUUGUAACCGAUUAAGAGAGAAUGGAGUCUAUACAAUUCUUCUAAUGAACACUUUUCAUGUAGACUACUCUAGACAAGGGAGAAAAAUCAAAGCUCUCAAUCCUUACUUUGACUUCGUGAUAGAAUCGUGUGUGGAAGGUUUCCGAAAGCCUGAUCCUCAAAUAUUCAAAAUAGUUAUGAAGAAAACGGGUCUCCGACCGAAAGAGCUUGUCAUGCUUGAUGACGAACAUACAAACUGUGAAACAGCAGCCAGUCUGGGAAUUCAUACUAUACAGGUCAACAACACAAUGGAUGCCAUUGAGGAUUUAGAACAAUUAGUUGGUUUGGAGUUAUUAUGA